UGACAUACACAAAAGAAGAAGAUAACACGGAAGUCGAAUUAGAGGGAGGUCUGUUUUUAUUUUGCAAUAUGCUCGUUCCUUGUGUGUAUUUUAGACGCAGCUAACUGAAUACCUAACUUUCAGUCCACUGAAAAUGGCUAAAUUACAGUCUUUGGGUGUGUUUGUUAAUACGCGUUUAACAGUGGCUACCGUAGAGAUUAUGGGGGCAGUAGAGAAAGUGGUAGCGGAGUACCAGGAGGAGAUUUCCCGAUCUAAAGUGGAGAAUGACCGGCUACGCAGACUGCUGCGGAUCAGACCGGAGAUGAAACGAUGUAGAUUAGACUCCCUCCAGUUCUCGCUUACCGUCUCUGAGGAGGAGGUUAACCCUGUGCAGCAGCAAUGUGACCAGGAGGAAUGGAACUCCAGUCUGGGGACGGAUGACCCCGAGCCCAUGCAGAUUAAAGAGGAAAAUGCGGAAGUCGGGACCACUCAGGUGGCAGGGCAGCUUCAAGGGCUGGAGCCUGACAUUGUAGAGUUCAUGUUCACUCCUUCCUGUGUGAAAAGUGAUUGUGAUCAGGACGACCUACUUCAGUCCUUGACUCUUUCCCAAACCACGACUGUGGAGAACAGAGAGAGUGACUCUAAAAAAUUGGAUCUCAAACCUUUUGGCACAGUGACCCACCUCGACAAUCCUUAUGACCCUCGAGAUAAUCAAGACAAUGUCUCCAGCCACAGCUCAGCUGCAAGCAGUGAUCUAGUAGGAUUUGACAUAAGCCCACCAUUGGAUCCCAACCCACCAUUGAGGAAACCCAGCACCACAUCUAAAACACAUGACUGUGGGAAAAUAUUAAAUUGCAAGGGGACUCUGAACAGGCAUAUGCAGACCUCCACAGGAGAAAAAACAUUUAGCUGUAAUAACUGCAGGAAAAGCUUCAGUCGCAAGGAUACCCUUAACAUGCAUAUACGGACUCACACAGGAGAGAAACCAUUUGUCUGUGGUGAUUGCGGGAAAAGCUUCAGACAGAAGGCUACCCUUAACAGGCAUAUACGGACUCACACAGGAGAAAAACCAUUUAGCUGUGGUGCCUGCGGGAAAAGCUUCAACCAUAAGGGAAACCUAACUGUUCAUUUACUGACUCACACAGGAGAGACACCUUUUACCUGUGGGGACUGCGGGAAAAGCUUCAGACAGAAAUAUAGCCUUAAAAAGCAUACAUCGACUCACAUAGGAGAGACAUUUAACUGUGCUCACUGCGGGAUAAGCUUCAGACACAAAGUGAACCUGGAUAGUCAUAUACUUGCUGUCCACAAAUAAACAAAACAGAAUGAAAACAAAAAGAAGAAAAUGUAACAGAUCUGGCAGGAGUCGGUAAUACAAAUGCAGGAUAUGGACAUCACUUUUAGGAAAGCAAAUAAAUUCUAGAUCACUCAUGUUGUAGGUUUAAGGUAUUUACUUUUGUAAAAUGUUCUAUGUAAAUAAAAUGUUAUUCGAAUUACGAUAUUAUGAUCAAACAGUUAAAAAGGGCAAUGGAAACACUUUAGGAAGUAAAUCUAAGCAAAGAUAUGUAAUUAAUCAACUAAUAUAUUGCAAUACUUUAACAUAAAAACAUCUCUGUAUUUAGUAUUUUGAUCUUCGAGGUUAAUUUGAGCUAUGGUCGGCGCCAUUUUUAAUUGCCAUAGUAAUGACUGACGCCAGUGCGUCACUGGCAGGAAUCAGUAAAUUGUCUGGUAUUGAAUUUUCGCGCGGAGAGUGAAUCGAAGAGUACAAGGACAUGAUGACAACAACAAUGAGUAAUUCAGACAUGAACUGUAUAGCGCUAGGCUGUACGAAUUGGCUCCAAUUAAAAAAAAAUAUCGGGUAGGUACCAUCGGCUGUCCAAGGACCUUUUGAACACGUGGCCCCAUGUCCUAAAGAAAGGAAGGACGUGCCAGCUCGACCUAGCAAGGUCUGCAGGCAGCACUUCGCUGAGAAGGACACGUUCGAUGUGGCAACCGAGAGUCUCAGAAUGUAAAGGAGUCCUAAACCUACGUUGAAGCCCUCUACUUGCCCCUCCAGCUUCAAUUUCGAGGGUUAUGGUGUACAGUAGGAGUUACCGACCAUCAUCAACAUCGCUGACUUCGGAGUCAAGCCAAACGUCGGACUGAGGCGACGUGAGUCAACGGAGCCUGGAUGAUUAUUGUCAGCCAUGAAAAUGUUUUCAUCCUGGAGAUUGUGCAAGAGGAGUUUUACACCAACAGAAAAGAACAGUUAGUACAGCAUGCCAAACAAACCCCUGGUUGCCAGAUUGUUCCUGUGCUGAGGUGGAAAAGAGCUCCACCGGGACCAUAACUAAAGAACUCGAGGCCCAGCUAGAUUGCUCUCACCACCAUCAGUAUACAACCAAGUCCUGCCCCUGUUGGCCACAGAGCUGACAGAGAGUGAGAUGACUGAAGACCAGGAGUCGAUGUAUGAACCUGAGAGCUCAGACACACAAUCAUCACAGUGCGAGCCAAGAGAUGCAAUCGAAGAGUGUGUGCAAGAUCAGAAAUACAUAGUCUUUUGAUAGCAAGCUGAAGGAGUUGUUCAAUGUCUGCCAUGAGCCAGGAUGUCGAGCUGGUGUCAUCAGUUCAUCCCUGAAAAUAAAUGGGUUUUGCCAUCACCAUGGAGACAGUGUUGUGAGCCACAGGAGGAAGUGGGAGUCCCAGACCAGAGUGGGGAAAGUUGUUUGCAGGUAGUGCCAUCGGCAGUCUGUCUUCCUUACUGGUGGCUCCCACUCCACAUUUGUGGAAACAUGUCACCUCCUCAGCCUGGUGCCCAUGUCGCUGCGUCAGUUUGCAAACCAACAGCGCAUCUACAUUGUGCGAGAGGUUAACCACAUGUGGACCCACCACACGUAGGCCAUUCUGGCUACAAUUGGUGACAGUCCACUGAUUGUAUCUGGAGACGCAUGGUGUGAUUUCUCCAGGCCACUCUGCUUCCCACCUGAUCCUCCCCCAUGAGACUGUGCAUGUUACCAAGGUGAAGAAUAGUUACUGUUUGGAGACGGAAGGAUUAGAGAGAUGCCUGCAACACAUUGAGGCCCAUGGAUGCAGUAUUGAAACCUUGGCCACUGACAGGCAUCCAAGUGUGAGGGUGCACUUGAGGGGCUCAUAUCUGGCAUGAGUAUGACCUGUGGCACAUUGCCAAAGGUAUGAGGAAACAGCUGGUGGCCAUCGGGAAGCCAGAGGUACUGCCAUGGGUGAGGGCAUUAACUCACCACUUGUGGUACUGUGCCACCACUGCUGGUUGAAGUGUCCAGGUGCUAAAAGAAAAGUGGAUCAUCACAGGCCACCUCAUCACCAAUGAACACCAGUGGGUCACUGGGAGGCACACUGAACUGCUGUUAAUUGUCAUUUAGAGCAUUUAUUUGCAGAAAAUUACAACUGACCAAAAUAACAAAAAAAUAUGCAGUGUUGUCAGACCUCGAAUAAUGCAAAGAAAGUUCAUAUGAAUUUUUAAACAACCCAAUACUAAUGUUUUAACUUAGGAUGAGAUCAGAAAUCAAUAUUUGGUGGAAUAAUCCUGAUUUUUCAAUCACAACUUUCAUGUGCCUUGGCAUGCCCUCCACCAGUCUUUCACAUUGCUGUUGGAUGGCUUUAUGCCACUCCUGGCACAAUUUCAAGCAGCUCAGGUUUGUUUGAUGGCUUGUGACCAUCCAUCUUCCUCUUGAUCACAUUCCAGAGGUUUUCAAUGGGGUUCAGGUCUGGAGAUUGGGCUGGCUAUGACAGGGUCUUGAUCUGGUGGUCCUCCAUCCACACCUUGAUUGACCUGGCUGUGUGGCAUGGAGCAUUGUCCUGCUGGAAAAACCAAUCCUCAGAGUUGGGGAACAUUGUCAGAGCAGAAGGAAGCAAGUUUUCUUCCAGGACAACCUUGCAUGUGGCUUGAUUCAUGUGUCCUUCACAAAGACAAAUCUGCCUGAUUCCAGCCUUGCUGAAGCACCCCCAGAUCAUCACUGAUCCUCCACCAAAUUUUACAAGCCACAGUGUCUCGCACCCACUGAAAUUUGGUGGCGGAUCAGUGAUGAUCUGAGAGUGCUUCAGCAAGGCUGGAAUCGGGCAGAUUUGUCUUUGUGAAGGCCACAUGAAUCAAGCUACGUACAAUGUUGUCUAUAUACAUAAUGCAUCAGCCUCUAAGGUGCAGGAUGGUAGCCAGUAACUCUAAGUAACCGGGUGGUAGCCAGCCGGGUGGUAGCCAGCUAGUGACAGUGACUACGUUCAGGGCAGGGUACUGGGUGGAGGCUGGCUAGUGAUGGCUAUUUAACAGUCUGAUGGCCUUGAGAUAGAAGCUGUUUUUCAGUCUCUCAGUCCCAGCUUUGAUGCACCUGUACUGACCUCGCCUUCUGGUUGAUAGCAGGGUUAACAGGCCGUGUCUCAGGUGGUUGAUGUCCUUGAUAUUUUUGGCCUUUCUGUGACAAUGGGUGCUGUAGGUGUCCUGGAGGUUGUUGAAGGAUCUCAAAGGUUUUUAAAAAAACGUAUCAACCGUUUCUGUACAUAUGCUGCAAAAUUUGGUCAAAUUAAUGAGCACAUUUUAACCCCUUUUUUGCCUUCCUAUGUGAAUAACUACAACCAAUUGAUUUAAUAAAAUCAGUAAUAUAAUAAUUCUAGUAGCCUAUUUAUUCAUCUCUAGUUAAAUGAAUUAGAUCUUUUAUUUUCUGGGUGAUGAAGUGUGACUGGUGUACUCAAGUGUACAUGCCCUGUACAUUAAAAUACAUAUGCCCAAGAGGAACAUGUUUGGCCAGCAGGGGAUGGUCGCUAAAUUCCAAGUGCCUGCCUUGGACCGCAAUUAUUCAGUGGACAGACAGCAGGUUACAACAGAGGGAGUGCUCAGUUUAAAGCAAGAGUUCUCCAAGGCUGCCAGGGCGUUAGUGGUGAAACCCAUCAAGGAGGAGAAGACAUGGUGUUUCCGGUCUGAGCUCCUACACGGCAUCGUUGACUGCUGUGCCAAUAUGUCAGAUGAAGACAGAGAGAGGAAUUACCUGUGUACCUUAUCUGUCUCUAGGACCAUCCCAGCGGACUCUCCUGAGUGCCCAAAGAGAGAGUGGCGGUCACUUUGGGGGAGCGGACUGGUGUUCCGAAAAUGGAGGAGCAGGCCAUUCGACAGCAAAUUCAAAGAUACACCCAUCCUUGGAGGGAAUUGAAGUGGAAUUGUUUUUUUUUACCAGUUUCAACAGACAUGCUACCUUGUCCCGGACCUGUGGUUUCAACUCUGUUUUUCAGUCUCUCAGUCCCAGCUUUGAUGCAACUGUACUGACCUCGCCUUCUGGAUGGUAGUGGGGUGAACAGGCCGUGGCUGUGUCAAGUAUAUGUAGAUGGGAGGAGUAUUAUGUGCCAGCUGAGCCUAAAUGCUGCUAUUGUGGUGGUGAAUAUACACCUGAAUUUCUGAAGUGUCCUGUGAUGGAGGUGGUAAGAAUAACGGCUGUCCAGAAUGUCACCUAUCCGAAGUUGUUGAGCAGUGAAAGAAAAGAGUGAAGUUGAAGAAAUAAUGGUAGUAGGAGUAGAGACACAAGAUGAUGUUCCUUGUCAACAGAGGGAUCCUGACAUGUAUGUUAAGAAAGUGGACGUUGUAGCGUUUAUUGGUUUGGUUAUCAACUGCACAUCACAAACAGAGAGGAAAUCUAAGAAAAUAGGCAUUUGAGUGUGACUGUCGCUGAAUGUUCCAUCCUCACAGGCACCUGUAGGAAUGCAAUUUGAAUGUAACUGAAGGAGUGGGAUGGUUGUUUGAU